AGGACAACAGCGUGACCCUCAACAUUCCAAGAGUGACUCAUACAGGUCGGCAUCCUGUGAAACGCUCUGAGUCGCAAACAGUUUUUUUCUCACUGAAGAGACCAACUUAUUUGCCUGAAGAAAGUAAGCGUUCGCUGUACGCAUCUCAAGGGUUGUAUCCUCUAGAGCGCGCGAAUCUCAUGUGUGACAAACCUCGAAAAAAUGUGAUUUUUUCCGAACCCAGUAUCUAUCCUCUGAACAGGAACAAAAUGAACAUCCACUUUUUUGGUGUCACUUGCACCCUCAUCAUUCUUCAGGCAUUGAGGUGGGGGGUUAAUGGACAAUGCGAAGAACCAGCCGAAAACUUUAAACUGGAUACCUCUGUUACCUAUGACCUCCCCCACUUUGUGGCUGAUGCCCCAGUACAGAAGUUGGUGGUGUUUAAUGGAAUUGUGUAUGUGGGUGCCAAUAACAAGCUUUACGCGCUCUCCAGGGACCUAAGGAAGCUCUCAGAGUACAGCCCUGAUAGCAAUUCACUCCCCAAGUCCUGCCAGAUCUGUGCAGACAGAGGCAGCGAUGCCAACAACACCAACAUGGCCUUACUUCUGGAGACCUACUAUGACAACGAGCUGUUCAGCUGUAGCUCUGCUUGCAAUGGCGUGUGUCGCCGCCACGUGCUGGAAGAUGGACGGCUGGAUGCUGAAAUAGAGUGUAUGUACUCACCCAGUAAAAAAAUCCCCAACGACAAAGAUUUACGUGACUGCCCGGACUGCGUCGCUGGACAUUCUAGAACUCUGGUUCUCAAUGUGGAGAGCAAUGGCGUGGUGCGAUUUUUUGUUGGUAACUCAGAACCCCUGGUCCAGUCCACCGCCUCCUCUCCGGUUCCCCAUCUCCACCACACCAUUUCUGUGAGAGAAAUGAAGGAGACCCAAGACGGCUUUCGGUUCUUCUCUGAGCAGUCCUACAUGAACCUGGUGCCAAGCUUGCGCGGACACUACCCUUUGAACUACGUCUAUGCCUUCCAGAGCGGCUCGCAUGUGUACUUCCUCACCGUGCAACGAGAGGGCGGAGGCUCUCAGGCCUUUCACACACGCAUCGUGCGCAUGUGCUCUUCAGAUCCGGAGUUGCGCCGUUACGUGGAGAUGCCCUUCGAGUGUAUCCACGCCGACAAAAGGAGGAAGAAACGUUCAGCCCAGGAGGUGUUCAACGUGCUCCAGGCUGCCCACGUGGCCAAAGCCGGACACGAUCUUCGGCAGGAGAUGGACCUGAAAGAGGACGACGAUGUGCUGUUCGCCGCCUUCGCCCGUAGCAAACCAAACUCGCCCGAACCCACAGCCAGCUCGGCGGUGUGCGUCAUCUCUCUGAGUGACAUCAACAAAUUCUUCAAGUACUUCAUUCAGAAGUGCCACACCAAACAGGUGUACCACUUCACAGGCUCAGAAGAGAAAUUCUGCUACAAUCAGAGCUCCUCGGAUGACUCUUUUGGCUGCGGCAAACACGAGAAGGGCUACCGUCUGGAGAUCACCAGUACCAACCCCCGGCGAGAUUACUUCAACGGCCGAUUUCGCGAUGUCCUCCUCACCUCCAUCGCCGUGGUUCCGAUGCAGAAUCACACAGUAGCCAGCCUGGGGACCGCGGAUGGACGACUCAUCCAGGUGGUGGUUUCCCGUUUUGGACAAACGCGGCCGCAUGUCGACAUCCACUUGGAUGCUCUUCCGGUGUCGUCUGAGGUGGCCCUGCUGUCAGCACAGGAGCAGACUGGCUCCUUAUUGUUGGUGACGGGAAACAAGGUGUCAAAAGUCCCUCUGAUUGGACCAGGUUGCGAACAGCUGUCGUCCUGUAGUUCCUGUCUAUUGGCUCCGGCUUUCAUGGGCUGCGGUUGGUGUCGGAACCAGGACCGCUGUAUGAGAUCACCACAGUGCGACAGCAAACACUGGAUCCAGGAUUCCUGCCCCAUAUUCAUUUCCACGAUCUCCCCAACUAGCGCCCCACUUGGAGGAGAGACCAAAGUGACGAUCUGUGGCCGAAACUUUGGCUUCAGCAAAGGAGACCGAUUUGAUGCCAAGCUGAUUCAAGUGGAGGUGGCCAGCACCCCAUGUAAGCUGGACAAACCAGACAGCGUCAACAACAACCAUCGGUUGGUUUGCAGUCUCUUUCGUGCGAAUACGUCCCACGCUGACCAUGAGGUGAAAGUUCACAGUGGCAAAGAGUUCGUCAAAAAAGCAGGUUUCAUGUUUGUGCGCCCUGUCAUCAAAGGAAUCUUUCCAGAGUUUGGACCCAAAUCUGGAGGAACGGUGCUCACUAUCCGUGGAGAAUUCCUGGACUCUGGAAGUUCAAGACUGGUAACUGUGGGAAACUCCACGUGUGAUCUUCAAAGCGUGUCAGCUGGUAUGCUAACGUGCCGGACCCCGCCCCAAGCCUCACCUGCCCAGCAUAAGGUCAGGCUAAAGAUUGAUGGGGUGACUUGGGAGGCGGCGACCAACUACACUUAUAACAAAGAUCCCAUCAUCUCCAGUGUCCAGCCCAGACGCUCAUUCAUCAGCGGCGGGAGCACAGUGGUUGUACAGGGGGUCUACCUCCAUUCUGCUCUUCAGCCUCGAAUGGUCCUCAUAGCGGCAGAAGGCAAAGUCUUAAACGUGACUUGCAUGCAGGAUGAAGACAAGCUGGCCAUUUUGUGCAUCACGCCCUCUCUUAAAGACCUGAACGUACGGCCCCCAGUGGCAACCAAGAUGGCUUUUGUGCUGGAUGGCUUUUGCACCACCCAGUUUGACCUCCUCUACGUGGAGGAUCCAAAGUUUGAGGAGUUUCAGAAGCCCACUGUCACCUCCAAAGGCAACAAGAGUAUUCUGGAAAUCAAGGUUCCUCGUGUUGAUCUGGAGGCGGUAAAAGGGGAGGUGUUGAGGGUGUCUAACCGGACCUGUGAAAGCGUCACACUGGUGGGCGAUAUUCUGGAAUGCACCGUCCCCAUGGAACUCCAUGCUGCCACCAGCAAGCUAGAGGUGGAGUGGAAACAGGCCACGUCCUCAGUCAUGCUGGGACAUGUAGUCUUAGCCCAGGAGCAGGACUACAGGACACUGAUCACCGGCGUCGUCUGCGUCUCCGUGCUCCUGCUUCUCCUGCUCGGCCUCUUCGCCUGGAUCAAAAGGAAGAAGCAUAUAGAUGAUUUGGCUGAGGGUAUGGUUUGGUAUGAUGGACGGGCACACAUUCCUCACUUGGACAUGUUGGCGAAUGCGAGGAGUGUCAGUCCCACUAAUGAAAUGGUGUCGCACGAAUCAGUGGACUAUAGAACCACUUUGCUUGAGGACCAGACCCUGCCCAUGUCCCAGACAGAAUCUUGCCGCCCUCCUCAUUAUGCCCAUGCCCACGUAGACCUGUCACCCAUUAUGGGUGCGGGUGAGGGGGACCUCACAUCGCCUCUCCUGUUUGCCAGCGCACCCAUCGAUUUAAACAGCCUUCACCCAGAGCUGCUUAAAGAGGUACAACAUGUUGUCAUCGCCAGAGAAGACCUGCUACUACACGUCAAUGAGAUCAUCGGGAGAGGACACUUUGGCUGUGUAUUCCAUGGAACUCUCCUCGAGCCAGACGGCCAGAAACAGCACUGUGCCGUCAAGUCUCUAAACCGGAUCACAGAUAUAGAGGAGGUGUCACAGUUUUUGAAGGAAGGCAUCAUCAUGAAAGACUUCAGCCAUCCCAAUGUGCUGUCUCUCCUGGGAAUCUGUCUGCCCAGUGAGGGAUCCCCUCUGGUCGUCCUUCCGUACAUGAAACACGGAGACCUGCGCAACUUCAUCAGAGACGAGACUCACAACCCCACUGUGAAGGACCUGAUGGGCUUUGGACUGCAGGUGGCCAGAGGCAUGGAGUAUCUCGCCAGUAAGAAGUUUGUGCACAGAGACCUCGCAGCCAGAAACUGCAUGCUGGAUGAGAGUUAUACAGUGAAAGUGGCGGACUUUGGCCUGGCCAGGGAUGUUUACGAUAAGGAAUACUACAGUGUACACAACAAGAGCGGAGUCAAGCUGCCCGUCAAAUGGAUGGCACUGGAAAGCCUACAGACGCACAAAUUCACCACCAAGUCUGACGUGUGGUCAUUUGGUGUGCUGCUUUGGGAGCUGAUGACACGGGGAGCCCCGCCCUAUUCUGAUGUCAACUCUUUCGACAUCACUGUGUUCCUCCUGCAGGGCCGGAGACUGCUGCAGCCAGAGUUCUGCCCUGAUGCACUAUACAACGUCAUGAUUGAGUGCUGGCACCCAAAGCCAGAGAGACGUCCCACCUUCUCGGAGCUCGUGUCCCGCAUCUCGGCCAUCUUCUCCAGCUUCACCGGAGAACACUACAUCUUACUCAACACCACCUACGUCAACAUCGACAAAAUGACUCCUUACCCCUCCCUUAUUUCCUCACAGAGCAACCUGGACCGUGACUGCUGCACCUGAGAGAAGACAGAGAGAGAGAGAGAGAGAGAGAGAGAAAGAGAAAGAGAGAGAGAUGAGGAGGGAGUGACGGAGAGCUAAAGAGAGGGGGUGAAAGGGAGGACAUAACAGAACUGCAUUGCUCUGAAAACUACUGAAUCACAGAGAGAAACUGGACUGAGUGCGGGGAGAGCUUUCACACACAGCACAGGAAAGAUUUUCCAAGGACACUGAAUGACUGUGAAGGGUAAUCACACCCAUUAGCGACAAUACAGACAGCGUGACCUGCGGUUGACCCCUCCCCCCUCACUGAGCCUGACAUUGAAGGCACUCUCUCUCCUUCUCAGACAGUUUAGUGCUCAGACAGUUGA